AUGUUUGACACAUGUGGUGCUUGUGUUUGUAAAUUACAAAGAAUUCUGCAACGUCACCGCACCACCGGACAAACGAAAUUGUUAAAAGCGCCUUAUUUUUACAACAUUUGUGUCACCACAGUGUACGCCGCAAUAGCUCAGCUGGGAGAGCCUGAAUUUGUCGUUCCCAAUCUGGGUUGGUCUUCCUUUUACUAUAACAAAGUCAAAAGUCAUUAUACUGCGGUUAAUGCUCAGGAAGAUAUUACUGCGUAUAAAGAAGUACUGCGGUUAACUAUCUUCAGAUUUUACGGAUUCAUCAAAAUAAUGUCCGACAAAUUGGUCAAGCUUUUGUCAUUUUCGAUCUAG